ACAUAUAUUAUUCAAAGGAAAUCCGAUUUGUUCGAGCGUUCGAAAUGAGUACGAUACUGGAGAAAAUCGCCUCGAUCGAGGCCGAGAUGGCUCGUACCCAAAAGAACAAAGCUACGUCGGGCCAUUUGGGAUUGCUAAAGGCAAAACUCGCGAAAUUGAGACGCGAACUUAUCACUCCUAAAGGCGGAGGAGGCGGCGGCGAACAGGGCUUUGAAGUGGCAAAAACUGGCGAUGCUAGGAUAGGUUUCGUCGGUUUUCCUUCCGUGGGGAAGUCUACUCUACUGAGUACUCUAGCUGGUGUCUAUUCGGAAGUAGCGGCAUACGAAUUCACGACUCUUACAACUGUUCCUGGUUGUAUCAAAUACAAAGGGGCGAAGAUACAAUUACUGGAUCUUCCUGGAAUCAUUGAAGGUGCCAAGGACGGCAAAGGUCGUGGAAGACAAGUUAUAGCAGUCGCCAGAACCUGCAGUUUAAUAUUCAUCGUUCUAGACGUGUUGAAACCACUGGGACACAAGAGGUUGAUCGAACACGAAUUGGAAGGUUUCGGAUUGCGAUUGAACAAACAGCCGCCGAACAUCAAUUUCCGGAAGAAGGACAAAGGUGGUAUUAAUUUUCAGACUACGUGUACGCAGUCUGAACUCGAUUUAGAAACUGUAAAGAGUAUUCUCUCGGAGUAUAGAAUUCACAACGCGGAUAUCACGCUGCGAUACGAUGCAACGUCCGACGACCUAAUCGACGUCAUCGAAGGAAAUCGCGUUUACGUGCCGUGCAUUUACUUGCUCAACAAGAUAGAUCAAAUCAGUAUCGAGGAGUUGGAUAUUAUUUAUAAAAUACCUCAUUGCGUACCGAUCUCUGCUCACCACAAGUGGAAUUUCGAUGAUUUACUUGAGAAAAUGUGGGACUACUUACAACUGGUCAGAAUAUAUACGAAGCCGAAGGGACAGCUUCCGGAUUAUAAUUCUCCCGUAGUUUUAAACAGGGAGAAGCGAACGGUGGAAGAUUUUUGUAACAAACUGCAUCGAUCGAUCGCGAAGGAGUUCAAAUACGCACUCGUGUGGGGAUCGUCCGUGAAACACCAGCCGCAGAAGGUUGGGAAGGAUCACGUGUUAUGCGACGAGGACGUCGUGCAAAUUGUAAAAAAGGUGUAAUAUCCACGGAGGAUAAUAAAUUGCAUAAUAAAUUUUGAUAGGCGACUUUUAAAUCUACUUCAUUGAACUUCUCGUGAGGAAAUGAAUUUUUUUAACCAAGCAUGUGAUUGAUUUGGUGUAAUAUAUAUUUCGUAUGAAGCACAACAAAUAAAAUGUACUGGUACCUUCA